AUGGCGGACAGCGGUGCCCCCCCACUCUCAUCCUACAUCAUGGAUGAGGAAACUCUGAAGAGAAAACAGAAAGAGAAGCUAAAGAAACUCAUGGCCACAGGAGGAAACCCACGGCCUGCACGAUCUCUUCUCUUCUUGACACUAAGAAAUCCCUUUCGCAAGGCUUGCAUCACCAUCGUGGAGUGGAAACCUUUUGAAAUCAUAAUCCUUCUGGCUAUCUUUGCUAAUUGUGUGGCCCUGGCUGUGUACCUGCCAAUGCCCGAAGAAGACAGCAACAACACCAACAGCAAACUGGAGAGUCUGGAGUACAUAUUCCUCAUCAUCUUUUCCAUAGAGUGCUUCCUGAAGAUUGUGGCCUAUGGAUUUCUUUUCCAUGCAGAUGCCUAUUUAAGAAACUGUUGGAACAUUCUGGACUUUGUUUGUGUGUCUGUUGGGUUGUUCACUGUGGCUGUGGAUGCCAUAAAUCACAUCAGUGGUGUGGAGGCUCCAGUUGGAGAAAAGGGCGGUGGUUUUGACAUGAAGGCUCUGAGAGCGUUCAGAGUUCUCCGACCUCUCAGACUGGUCUCUGGAGUUCCCAGUCUACAAGUUGUGAUGAACUCCAUCCUGAAGUCCAUGCUGCCUCUGUUUCACAUCACUCUGCUGGUUCUUUUCAUGGUCACCAUUUACUCCAUUAUGGGACUGGAACUCUUUAAAUGCAAAAUGCACAAGACCUGCUACUACACGGGCACAAACAUCAUAGCUACAGUUGAGAAUGAAAAACCAGCUCCAUGUGCCCAGGCGGGGAACGGUCGGCGUUGUACCAUCAACGGGACUGAGUGUCGUUCAGGUUGGCCGGGUCCGAACAAUGGCAUCACCCACUUUGAUAACCUGGGCUUCUCCAUGCUGACCGUCUACCAGUGUAUCACCACUCAGGGAUGGACCGAUAUCCUCUACUGGGUUAAUGACGCCAUAGGAAUGGAAUGGCCAUGGAUCUUUUUCACCACACUCAUCUUGGUGGGCUCCUUCUUUGUUCUCAACUUGGUUCUGGGCGUGCUCAGUGGCGAGUUCACAAAAGAGCGUGAAAAGGCAAAGUCCCGAGGAGAGUUUCAGAAACUCCGGGAGACCCAGCAGCUGGAUGAGGACCUGAAGGGCUACAUGGAGUGGAUCACUCAGGCUGAGGUCAUGGACAAUGACCAAGAAGGGCAGGGUCUACUUCCUGCAGAAAAUGGAGGAUCAGAAGCAGGAAGUGUCAGCAAAAUGGACACAAUGCAGCUAAUCAUCUAUUACUAUAAACUGGCUCGUAAGUGGAACCGCUGGUUACGCCGUAAAUGCAGAGUGUAUGUUAAGUCCAGGCUGUUCUACUGGUGGGUUAUCAUGCUUGUAUUUCUCAACACACUCGCCAUUGCGACGGAGCACCACAAACAGUCUCAGAGACUUACCAACUGGCAAGACAGCACCAAUAAGUUGCUGCUGUCUAUGUUUGCCCUUGAAAUGUUCAUGAAGAUGUACGCUCUAGGAUUUUCAUCUUACUUCAUGUCCCUCUUCAAUCGUUUCGACUGCUUUGUUGUGUCGACUGGUAUCCUGGAGCUCAUCCUCGUCCACAUGGAUGUCAUGUCCGUCAUGGGGAUCUCAGUACUUCGAUGCAUUCGAUUGCUCCGCCUACUUAAAGUAACCAAAUACUGGACAUCUCUCAGUAAUCUGGUAGCUUCCCUCUUGAAUUCAGUCCGUUCCAUCGCUUGUCUACUGCUGCUGCUCUUCCUCUUCAUCGUCAUCUUUUCACUACUGGGCAUGCAAGUGUUUGGUGGGAAAUUCAACUUUCCAAACCAACCUAAACCCCGCAGCACCUUUGACAGCUUCCCUCAGGCCCUCAUCACUGUGUUCCAGAUCCUGACUGGUGAAGACUGGAAUAUUGUCAUGUAUGAUGGCAUCAUUGCUCACGAAGGGCCGAGCAUGCCUGGUAUUCUAGUCAGUAUUUACUUCAUUGUCCUCUUCGUCUGUGGAAACUUCAUCCUUCUCAACGUCUUCUUGGCCAUAGCUGUUGAUAAUUUAGCAGAGGCUGAAUCUUUGACUUUAGCUCAGAAAGAGAAAGCAGAAGAAAAAAAACGCAAGAAAGCCCUCAGGGCCAGUAUGCCUGACAAGGCAUCAGAAGAAAAAGCAAAUCUAGCCAAGAAGUUGGCUGAACAAAGGGCAAAAGGUGUAGAAGGCAUGCCUACCACAGCUAAACUGAAAAUUGAUGAGUUUGAGUCCAACGUGAAUGAGAUCAAGGAUCCUUUUCCUCCUGCUGAUUUUCCUGGUGACGAUGAGGAAGAAGAUCCUGAGAUCCCAGAGAGCCCCAGACCUCGUCCAAUGGCAGACCUGCAGUUGAAGGAGGAAGCGGUCCCCAUGCCAGAAGCCAGCUCCUUCUUUAUCUUUGGACCUCAGAACAAAUUCCGGAAACUCUGCCAUCGUAUUAUUAAUGCUACUACAUUCACCAACAUCAUCCUGCUCUUCAUUCUACUGUCAUCAAUUUCUUUAGCUGCUGAGGAUCCCAUUGACCCCAUGUCCUUUAGGAACCAGGUUUUGGCCUAUGCAGAUAUAGUAUUCACUUCAGUUUUCACUGCAGAGAUUAUCCUCAAGAUGACAACAUACGGUGCCAUCCUUCACAAAGGAUCUUUUUGCCGUAACUCUUUCAACAUCCUGGAUCUUCUAGUUGUCAGCGUUUCCCUUCUUUCAAUGGGCAUGGAAUCCAGUGCUAUCUCUGUGGUGAAGAUUCUCAGAGUGUUGAGGGUUCUCCGGCCUCUGAGAGCCAUCAACAGAGCCAAAGGACUCAAGCAUGUGGUCCAGUGUGUAUUUGUUGCUGUCAAAACCAUUGGAAACAUUGUCCUUGUCACUAUGCUACUGGACUUUAUGUUUGCCUGCAUUGGAGUUCAACUUUUCAAGGGCAAGUUCUAUGCCUGCACAGAUCCCGACAAAAUGACUGAGGAGUCAUGCAAAGGUUGGUAUAUUAAGUACCAGGAAGGAUCACUUCAUGAAAUGGAGAUCCGAAAGAGGGAAUGGACAAACUCUGAACUGAACUUUGACAAUAUCUUCAAUGGCAUGCUGGCUCUUUUCACUAUUUCCACAUUUGAAGGCUGGCCAAAGCUUCUUUAUAAAGCAAUUGAUUCUAAUUUGGAGGACAGAGGCCCUGUGUACAAUAAUCGAGUGGCUAUCUCAAUCUUCUUCAUCAUUUAUCUCAUCCUUAUUGCCUUCUUCAUGAUGAAUAUUUUUGUGGGAUUCGUCAUUGUCACCUUCCAGGAGCAAGGAGAGCAGGAAUACAAGAAUUGUGAACUGGACAAAAACCAGCGCCAGUGUGUCCAGUAUGCUCUGAAGGCCCGACCACUGCGAUGUUACAUUCCUAAGAACCCAUACCAGUAUCAGGUGUGGUACAUUGUCACCUCCUGCUACUUUGAGUACCUCAUGUUCCUCCUCAUUAUGCUCAACACCAUGUGUCUGGGAAUGCAGCACUGUAACCAAUCAGACCAUGUCACUCAUCUGUCUGACAUGCUCAAUGUGAUUUUCACUGUUCUCUUCACUGUGGAGAUGAUCCUAAAACUCAUGGCCUUCAAAGCCAAGGGAUACUUUGGAGACCCAUGGAACGUCUUCGAUUUUGUUAUUGUGAUUGGAAGUGUCGUGGACGUGAUGCUCAGUGAAAUUGAUGCAGCACUGGCCUCUUCAGGAGGACUCUACUGUCUCCAUGGCUGCGAAGCAGGGGAUCCGAUGCAAGCUAUUGCGGUGAGUUCUUCUGAGAACAUGAGUGUGUCAAUCACAUUCUUCCGACUGUUUCGUGUGAUGCGUUUGGUAAAACUCUUGAAUCGCUCUGAGGGGAUACGCAACCUUCUAUGGACCUUCAUUAAAUCUCUUCAGGCUCUUCCUUACGUGGCCCUGCUGAUUCUUAUGUUGUUCUUCAUAUAUGCUGUAGUUGGAAUGCAGAUUUUUGGUAAAAUUGCCUUGGUUGAUGGCACACACAUCAACAGGAACAACAACUUCCAGACAUUCCCACAGGCAGUGCUGCUGUUAUUCAGAUGUGCAACAGGGGAAGCGUGGCAUGAAGUGAUGUUAGCAUGUAUGUACGGGAAGAAAUGUGACCCUAACUCGGACUUCUUGCCUGGGGAGGAGUAUACCUGUGGAGCCAACUUUGCCAUCAUCUACUUUAUGAGUUUCUACAUGCUCUGUGCCUUUCUGAUUAUCAACCUGUUUGUUGCCGUCAUAAUGGAUAACUUUGAUUACUUGACGCGUGACUGGUCCAUCCUUGGCCCCCAGCACUUGGACGAGUUUAAGAAAAUCUGGGCUGAAUAUGAUCCCGAGGCUACGGGACGCAUUAAGCACCUUGAUGUAGUGACACUACUACGCAGAAUUCCUCCUCCUCUGGGUUUUGGUAAAUUUUGUCCUCAUCGUAUUGCCUGUAAGAGGUUGGUUUCUAUGAACAUGCCUCUCAACAGUGAUGGAACCGUUACCUUUAAUGCCACACUGUUUGCCUUGGUCAGAACUGCUCUGAAAAUAAAGACAGAAGGUAAUUUUGAACAAGCCAAUGAGGAACUGAGGGGAAUUAUCAAGAAGAUCUGGAAACGCACUAGUAUGAAACUGCUGGAUCAAGUCAUCCCACCAAUAGGAGAUGAUGAGGUAACAGUGGGGAAGUUCUACGCCACCUUCCUCAUCCAAGAUUAUUUCAGAAAACUAAAGAAGAAGCAAGAAGAAUACUAUGGCUUUCGCCCAAACAAGAAAAGUGCUACCAAUGAAAUACAGGCAGGUCUGAGGAACAUCGAGGAGGAAGCUGCUCCAGAACUUCACAGAACAAUUUCCGGAGACUUAAUGACUGAAGAUGAAAUAGACGACACUGAUGAAGCUGCUGUGGAGGAAGUCUUUAAGAGACCUCCAGAGAUGGCCCGUUCAGCUGAUAAACUAAUCCAUGAGGGAGAGGAGGCAGGUGACUGGUGAACCACAGACCCAGGACUGAGAUCUGAAAGGAGGAAACAGAUGUGUGCAGCUGUACUGGUGGAAAUAAAUGAAUAUUGUCAAGGCUCGUGUGUAGGCCAAGAACUGCAGUAAGUUAGACUGCGAUAAAAUAGUCUACAGAGUAGAUUUAUCCAAAAAUAAAUCUGCCGGUGGCUUAAUAGUUUCCCCACCUUUAAAGCAUUUGUAUUGCUUUGUAGCAUAUUUGUGUUGAUUCUUGGUGUAAUACUAAACACUUAAAAGAGAAUGAAGAAGGAAAUAAUAGUAACAUUAAAUUGUUUAUACAUUUCAUGGCAUAGGUGUGAUUAAUGCUUGACUACAUCAACAACAGGAGCUAUUUUCAGACAGGAAACGGAAAUAUUACACAGUAAGUGGAGUUUAUGCUGAUAAAUCGCCAUGAAUUUUGAGAGAAUAUGAGGUGUAUAUUCACAUAUGAAGUCUCAUUUGUACUUAAAAUGUUAAAGAGAAGACAAACAGAUGUACUUUUUGUCCGGAAAAAAAUAAAGCUGCACCUAUAGUUUGUGUUUCAGCGUCCAUCUGUUCUCUCAAUUUAUUUAAAAUGACAAAUUGAAAGUACUAAAUACUGUAUAAAACUCUGUAUGCAUACUAUCCAAAUGAAGUUCUUCCUUGAAAUAAUAAUUAGGUCAGAAUUUAUCUUGAUACGUAUAAGAUUUGUUAAUUUGGCGAACAUAA